CCGGCCCGGGGGCGUCGCCGCUCGCUCUCCGGAGUCGGUGGAGCCCGCGAAGCCAGCACUGCUGGCGAGCGUCCGCUUCCCUGCAAGCAGCGCGCGUGGCUCGGCGGCCCGGGGACCCCUGCGCAACCCCGCCACGGCGCGCGCCCAGAGCGCGGGAGCCCGGAGCACCGGGCGCCUGGGACCCCGCGCAGCCGCUGGCCAGCCCGCGGGGCUCGGCAGGGAUGCGGAUAGUGCUGUGAGACCCGGCGCCAGGGCCAUGGCCGGCGCCCGCUGCCGGACCCUGUACCCCUUCUCCGGGGAGCGGCACAGCCAGGGGCUGCGUUUCUCUGCGGGCGAGCUGCUCACGCUGCUCCAGGUCCCGGACGGCGGCUGGUGGGAAGGUGAGAAAGACGACGGGCUCCGUGGCUGGUUCCCCGCCAGCUACGUGCAACUGCUAGAGAAGCCUGGGAUGGUCCCCCCUCCGCCAGGAGAGGAGAGCCAGACGGUCAUCCUUCCACCCGGCUGGCACAGCUACUUGUCUCCUCAGGGCCGCCGUUACUAUGUCAACACGACUACCAAUGAGACCACCUGGGAACGUCCCAGCAGUUCUCCUGGGAUUUCAGCCAGCCCUGGCCCUCACAGGAGCUCUCUGCCUCCAACAGUGAAUGGAUACCACGCAUCAGGGACCCCGGCGCACCCUCCAGAGACUGCCCACAUGAGUCUCCGAAAAUCCACCGGUGAUUCCCAGAACCUGGGAUCCUCAUCGCCAGGCAAGAAACAGAGCAAGGAAAACACCAUCACAAUCAACUGUGUGACAUUCCCUCACCCGGACACGAUGCCUGAGCAACAACUGCUCAAACCGACCGAGUGGAGCUACUGUGACUACUUUUGGGCGGAUAAGAAGGACCCGCAAGGCAAUGGUACGGUGGCUGGGUUUGAACUGCUGCUGCAGAAGCAACUGAAAGGCAAGCAGAUGCAGAAGGAGAUGUCCGAGUUCAUUCGGGAAAGGAUAAAGAUUGAAGAAGAAUAUGCAAAGAACCUAGCUAAGCUCUCUCAGAACUCCUUGGCUGCCCAGGAGGAGGGCUCCCUGGGAGAGGCUUGGGCCCAAGUAAAGAAAAGCCUGGCGGAUGAGGCUGAAGUUCACCUCAAGUUCUCUGCCAAGCUCCACAGUGAGGUGGAGAAACCCCUGAUGAACUUCCGAGAGAACUUCAAGAAGGACAUGAAAAAGUGCGACCACCACAUCGCUGACCUCCGUAAGCAGCUGGCCAGCCGCUAUGCCUCAGUGGAGAAGGCCCGCAAAGCCCUCACAGAAAGGCAGAAAGACCUGGAGAUGAAGACCCAGCAGCUGGAGAUCAAGUUGAGCAACAAGACUGAGGAGGACAUCAAGAAGGCACGGAGGAAGUCCACUCAGGCCGGCGAUGAUCUCAUGCGCUGUGUGGACCUCUACAACCAGGCCCAGUCCAAGUGGUUUGAAGAGAUGGUGACGACCACACUGGAGCUGGAGCGGCUGGAGGUGGAGAGGGUGGAGAUGAUCCGACAACAUCUAUGCCAGUACACACAGCUGCGGCAUGAGACGGACAUGUUCAACCAAAGCACAGUCGAGCCUGUGGACCAACUGCUGCGAAAAGUGGACCCAGCCAAAGACAGAGAGCUAUGGGUCAGAGAGCACAAGACAGGCAACAUCCGCCCAGUGGACAUGGAGAUCUAGAAGUGACUGUAUGGUCCUGGGGGUCCUGCUGAGGAGAGGGGUUGGGGGUCCCAUGGAGAAGGGGCUAUAUCUGCCCUAUUACCUGCUAACCUAUCCACUGAGGAGGAGGGAAGGAGCCAGUGAUUCCAGAAGGAGGGCCCAGCCAGGGGCUCCCCAAUAUUCCCAGGCCAUAAUGAUGAACCCACAGCCUUGACUUCACCUGGAAGACUGAAGCCUCCCCUCCAACUCCCAUGCUGUGCCUGUCACUCUGAGAACCAACUGAGGCUGGAACCCCGGGGUCCCUGCUGAGGUCCACAGGGGUGGCCAUCACACACCUGUGCCCCUGGUAUCCAAGGCCUGUCCUCUAGCCGGACUGUCAUCGCCAGGACUAUGGUAGAGGAAGAGGGGGUGGUGACUCUGUCUCCAAACAAUGUCAGGAUCAGAAAAUCAAGGGCAGGAGGGAAAGUAACGUUCACAGCCCACACCCACAACCUUUUUCAGUCCUUCCAACUCCCCACCCUUUGCAUUCUGGGAGCCCACAUCUGUUUUCUUCAUCCCCCACAAGAGGGGGUGGUGUUUCUUCCCAACCCACAUCUGGAGAGGUCAGAAUGGAACUACCUCAGUUGGCACAACCAGAUCAUGGUCCCCAUCAGUCUCGACUUCCACGUCUGGCAUUCCAGAUCUGAAUUUCGGAUUCAGAUCAGGCAUUGGCUGUAAAGUCUACCACUAAGUCCCAAUCUACCCUUUCCCCAACCUCCCUCUCUCUCAAGGAGGAAACUCCCUACCUCGCCCUGACAGCCCUUUCCAGACUCAAUAGAGGAUGUUUUCCAAAGUCUUCAGACAGACAGCCGUGUGCAUGUUCAAAGGCUUUGGGGGUGGAGUCUCACAAAGUCUUGUUUGACACAUGCCCCCACCCCUCAACACUAUGACAGCCUUGACCAGCACUCCCCCAUGCUGACUACAGGCCAUGUGCGACAGCAGUCAGGGUCCGGUUUGUUUAUUCUCUAUAGAGUGGCUCCAGCUAUGGAUAUGCACAAUGGAGUAGGAACUGCUGUCCCCUUUACUACCAUCGGUCAGUGGUGCAGAUUCUCAUGGUUCCACCCAGGAAGCGAAGGAACUUUGGGGAGUCACACAAAGUGAGCAGGUGGGGUGGUGGUGGUGUGUGUGCAGAAUUCUAGCUGGGAACUUGUAUUGGGGGGGGUGCAUUUUUCCUCAUCUUUCCCACCGAUGACUUUGUAUUUGGCCUGUCUAUCUUUUCAAAGGGCAGAAUCCUCUGAGCACCAUUCACAUCUUUUGGUCUCACAAUGCACAUCACAGAUAGCUUACUAAUCUUGGACCUUUUGGCAACCCAUCCACAGAGCCAUCUCUCCUGGUUGUUGUCAAGAUGCCUAAUACACUAAAGCAAACUAAGCACUGUCACUUUUCUUACUGAAACAUCUCAACCAUAAAGGCCACCAUGAGGACAUUUCACCAACCUGUGCUCAGCAUGGACCAUGACACCAGCCUCUGAUAUUAGGACAUUAUGUCUUGGUUUCCUUAUUUAAAAAAAAAAAAAAAGGUGCUAGUGGUAAUUUGCUUUGUGGCCUAGCAACAUAAUUUGUGAUUGAUGGUCAAGUUCCAACUCAUCAUACACAGGGGGUUUGGGUAUCACAAUGUAGAUCAUAACUUUGUUCUCUCACCCUGCCCCCAAUCCAAAAGGUUCAGAGUCCCCUGAGAUGUCACAUCCUCCAGCAUAACCCCAGUUGGCUGAUGGAUAUGAGACUAUUCUGUCUGAGGACAUUCUCUUUUUUAUUCCUUUUAAUCUAUCCACAUAUACCUUUCCCUUCUUAUAUCCCCUUCCUUCCAUUGUUCACUCAUGAAGAGUUUUGUUAGAGACAAGCAAUCUGUAAUCUCUCAUCUGAAGGCAGGCUACAGCUCUGUCAUGCGAGGAAGCCCUCAAAUGCCCUGUGCAAACUCCUUGCCUCUUCCUGAGAUAGACUUGGCGCUCUCUCUCUCUCUCUCUCUCUCUCUCUCUCUCUCUCUCUCUCUCUCUCUCUCUCUCUCUCUCAUACUCUGCCCAUUGAGUUUUCAGUGGUACCAGCUAUAUGCUGGUUCAUGUGCAUUUGAGUUCUCAGUGAUUCUGCCUGUGUGUUGGUUCACAUUCAUCUUUUCAUUUGCACAUCCAUUUUCUCAGUGAAUGCUUGGAACUGGGUGCUGAGUGCUGGAACUAGCGUUGUGUCUAGGAGGGCACUCUUCAGCUCGAUCCACCCCCAAGUAGACAGGUGUGCUUUGACUCUUCCGGACAGAAGGAACAAUGUGUUUUCUACUCCACCCACCAGGAUUGUUGAAGUAUUAACUGUGCUAAGAGAUCUUGACACAGCGGUGAGAUUUGAGUCUCCUUACUACCAAACCCUCAGUUCAUACACAGCUUCAGUUUCUGAAAUGGCUUCAAUUGGUUUCCAGUAUGUUUCCUUAUACAACAAAUAGGGAGGGUAAGAACAUGGAGGAGCUGGGUGCCAGGAAAUGAUACUCAGAACUAUGAUCAUGAUAGAGUCAAGGGUCUAGCAAUCUUCCACAGCACCCAGUCAAUGAGAUCAAGGUGAGGAAGUGCAAGAACCUGAAAGCGCAUACUGAGUUGGGUGUUCAAGUUGCUGUUGUGGUCCUUGGUCCCUAUGCAGUGCUAGGGACCCAACCAAGAGUCACGUGGCUAGGCCAGUGCUUUACCACUUAGCUACACCCAGUCCUGACAACUUGCUUUUGUGAACACAUCAUUGCAUGGGUUCUGAGAAGAUCUAGCUGGGUUUAUUAAGAGUGGGCAGUCAUCCAUUGUUCAGACUUGAGAGCAGCGACAGCCCUUUCUACCUGCCCCCACCUAGCAGCACCAAUGCACUUAAGCUUUGUCUGCAAAACCCUGAUUUUUUUUUUUUAAAAAAAAAAACUCUAAAAUGAAUGAUGUUCAAAAAAAUGGGUUAGUUACCAUGGCAACCUGCAGGAAGAGAUACUUGUUACCCUUCAUUAUUUCCUAGUACUUUAGAACAGUCCCACAGUGCAUAGGCCAUUUGAAGGAUGUGGAGGGAAGCCCUGGGCUGUCUCUGCUGUGGGGGCUGCCUUUCUACCUCCACUCAAGACCCUGUUGACUUAGGAGGAUCUCUGCAACAGUUGAUUAAUAGCUGAAGCAAAGUAUCCGAAUCUGUGACAGGGGUUUUGUGUGUAUCCCCUGUGUGAAAUCCAGCCAAUUAUCAGGGUAGUAGAGGGGUGCAUGAGAAUCUCGGCUCAGCCAAAGCCCCUUCAUGGAAAUACAAGCCAUAAAAUUCAAAAGGUGUCAAAAGACCUUGGCUUGUUUGGGGGGGUCUGUUCCCAUCUGUGAGUAGACUUGACAAGAAGAAUUUAAAUAGGAGUCUGACGACCCGCUGUUACUAGGAAGCUAAGAAAGGCAUUGUGCAGAUCCAAAGUAGGGGAGCAGGUCAGCUGCCUGAUGGCUUAGCCUGGAGACCCCCUCAUUGCCAAAGUUAUUCCCAUGCCACAAAAGCAUCUCUCCCCCUCCCUCUUCAAGGUAACUGAGGUGUGAUUAAACUACAGUACAACUCACCCUUUCAAGAAAUGCAGUUCUACAAACUGAGCUUCUUAACCACAACCAAUUGACAUGUCACCAUGUCAAUUCCCCUUUUCCCAUCCCUGAUCUUAGCAACCAGUUCAAUGUUCUGUCCUUAUAAUCUUACCUUUUUUUCUACAGUGCCAUGUAAGUGGAGUCACACUGAUACAACCUUCUGGGUCAGCCAUGAUGUCAUGUGUGUCAGCAGAGGGUCUCCUUUCCCCGCUGAGUAGUAUUCUACCAUAUGGAUGGGCCCCAGGAUUUCCUUAGUAUUAAAAUGAGUUUUUUAUGCCCUGGAAGUCAUAGCCCCAAAUCUCAUUUGUUUGUGUAACUGCUUCCAACCCACUGCUUCCUAUGUUGCUGGGGAUCCUUCCCUAGACACCACCUGUGAGUUAGUGAUUCUAGUUUUGGGUCAAUGAAGAAAGCAGGAAGGGGCAGCAACAGAAUGUCACUCUCCAGUGCUGCAGCACGAAAUCUCUCAGUACAAGAAGACCCUCUCCCUCAGGGGACUGUCACCUCAGUAAUUUAUUGAACAUUGGCCCUUGGGUAUAGCUUGACCCUUCCCAGAAUCUGUUCUGCCAUCUGCCAUUUGAGGGUGCUUGUUCUAAAAGGCCUCUGGGGCUUUCAGUUCCUCAGAGUCUUUCCCCUUUGCCAUUGCCUAUUUGCACCCUAUGCGCGUGGUCAUCUACAAGCUGGGUCAUCUCCACAGCUGUGGCCAGAAAUCCUCAAGAAGGGCACUUUUCUAGGUAAACCCAAAUGGAAUUAAAUCAUGUCACAAGCUGAAAGAAGUACUUAGCUCCUCUCAGAACCCCUGAAGAAACUGUAAAUCCGUGCCAGUAGCUUCUGGGCCUGUCCCAGGAGUGAGGACAGCUGUAAACACAGGGUCAGCUGAUCAAGUCCUUCUUGCCCAUUGUAGUUUGACUUGCCAGCAGUCAGACUGAGACUAGCUUGAGCCUACCCCUGUCCGAUAGUGGCAGAGAUAGGCCCAAGCUCAGUAGAAGUCAGGCUAGGCUGAGGGUGGGGCUCUCUGGGACCUUGUCCUCUAAGCUGUCUUGGCUAGAUACCGCUGAGUGAAAGGUGGACCUAGAAGGCUCUUGUGAAGCUCCGGGUAGACUGAAAUGUCCCUAGGUUCAGGUGAGAGCCAGAUCCGGGGAGUCAGAACCCAUGGGUUUUGAGAUAGGAGGCAAAGCUUCUGUGACCCUGAGAUGGAGGGGGGUUUGCUGGUUAAUCAUGUCUGAGGUGAAGGACCUACUUCUCAAGGGGCAGGCUCCAUCAGGGGCCUGAGAUCAAGGCUCUCCUACCAUAAUAAUCUAGUGCUGAGUGUAGCUCUUGGGGACUGAACUGUGGAGGUUGGGUUGGGGGGUGUGGAUGUCCUUUAGACUCUUUCUGGGUGAUAUGAGGGAUGUGGGUGGGCCCUUUGUGUUUAAAGGAGAAUUUCUAAUGGGGCUGUGCUGGUAGAGUGUGAAGGGCCAGAGCCACCAUAUGGCACCUAAACAGAGAGGAAAAGUUGAGACUGGCCCUGCCCUGCUUCUCAGUCUGUCCCACAUCCUAAGGUCACAUCCUGUCAGGACUUCUAUGUGCUCACCUGUCCCUUCCUGCAGCUUCCUCAACAGACAGGUUCUUGGACCCAGGCACCAACAUUCCAAGGGACACCAGCCAACCUGGGUGAGGGCCCAACUCUGUCUAUCUUCCCUUUCCUGGGAAAAAGAUGUCCAGAAACAUUCCCUUGCAACCUGAGCACAUCAGCGAACCCCAUGAAAGUGGAAUUUUCUAACAAAAUAAACUUGCUCGUUUGGUCUGUUUUCUGUAACUUUUGCUAAAUACUUUAUACAUUUUUAAUGUUGAAAAGCAGUGUCUCCUGCCAGAACUCCUCACCCAGGCUGAAUGUGUUUACUCCACGCUGUAUAUCUUUCCAUGCUCCGGCUGCCUGGACCAGUAAAUAAAAUGGAUGUAAUAUAAGUUGUAAGUAACAUUGUCAAAACUCAGAUCCCAAUGGAGGCUGCACAUCUCCCCCGCCCCAUGAUAGCAUCUGUGUGUAUUAAUUCUGAAGAAUUAAAUGUUUAAAUUAGAGUUUAAAUGUUGACGGAGUUUGCUAUGUAUAAUUGCCCCUACACUGUUAUAAAGUGUUUUCAGGAAA